AUGGCGGCUGAAGCAACGGAGAAGCUACAAGAGCUCAAUUUGAGCGGCCAAAAUGGCGCACACGCGGAUACCCCCGCAGCUGGUCAGGCCAACGGUGAAGCGGAAGACGACUCUGACGACGAUGGAGAAGAGGGAGAUGGAGCCCCUGAAGCCGGCGCAGCUGGUGCCGCCAAAAAGAAGAAGAAGCGCAAGUCCAAGAAGAAGAAGAAGGGCGGUGCUAAGGUCCAGAGCGCUCCUCCACGUGUCCCCGUUUCCAAUCUCUUCCCCAAUGGCCAAUACCCCGAAGGUGAGAUCGUUGAAUACAAGAACGACAACGCCUAUCGCACUACCAACGAAGAGAAGCGUUACCUCGAUCGCAUGAACAACGACUUUCUCCAAGAAUACCGCCAAGGUGCCGAGGUCCACCGCCAAGUUCGCCAAUAUGCCCAGAAGAACAUCAGGCCUGGCCAGACUCUGACGGAGAUCGCUGAGGGCAUUGAGGACUCGGUGCGGGCUCUGACUGGUCACUCGGGCCUUGAGGAGGGUGAUAAUAUCAAGGGUGGCAUGGGUUUCCCCUGCGGUUUGAGUAUCAAUCACUGUGCCGCGCAUUACACACCAAAUGCUGGAAACAAGAUGGUCCUCAACCAGGGUGAUGUCAUGAAGGUUGACUUCGGUGCUCAGCUCAAUGGCCGCAUUGUUGACAGCGCUUUCACCAUGUCCUUCGACCCCGUAUACGACCCACUCCUUGAGGCCGUCAAGGAUGCCACCAACACUGGUAUCAGGGAAGCUGGAAUUGACGUUCGCAUGAGCGAUAUCGGUGCCGCCAUCCAGGAAGCUAUGGAAAGUUACGAGGUUGAGCUCAAUGGCACCAUGUACCCAGUCAAGUGUAUCCGUAACCUGAACGGACACAACAUUGACCAGCACGUUAUCCACGGCGGUAAGAGUGUGCCCAUUGUCAAGGGCUCUGACCAAACAAAGAUGGAGGAAGGUGAAGUGUUCGCCAUUGAAACUUUCGGCAGUACCGGUAAAGGCUACGUUCACGAAGAUAUGGAAACCUCUCAUUACGCUCUUGCAGGCGACGCACCUAAUGUCCCUCUCCGUCUCUCAUCCGCUAAGAACCUCCUUGGUGUGAUCAAAAAGAACUUUGGAACCCUGCCUUUCUGUCGACGAUACCUGGACCGAUUGGGUCAGGAUAAAUAUCUGCUCGGUUUGAACAACUUGGUGUCAUCUGGCAUUGUUUCAGAUUACCCACCUCUUUGCGACAUCAAGGGAUCCUACACAGCCCAAUAUGAACAUACCAUUCUGCUCCGACCCAACGUCAAGGAGGUCAUUAGCCGUGGAGACGACUACUGA